AUGACAGCCUCUUCCGAGUACGUCUACCCGUCGCCGCUCAAAGGCUAUGAGCAUCUGCCUCCACUAUCUGACGAGAAGAAUGAUGACAAUAAAAGCUUUGUCAAUCCAAAGACGAACGACCUGAGUAAAGCCUAUGAGGAGUUUGUCAACCCUAUCGGGCGUGGCUUUGAUGUACAUAUCUACUUCUUCCAGGAAAACAAAGCCCAAACCACCUUCGCCCACGAGCUGUGGACCCGCAUCCGCCAUGAAUUCCCAGAACUCCGCAUCUACCGCGUCUGGGACCGACCACUUGGUCCUCAUCCGGUCGGCAUGUUCGAGGUCGACGUCGUGACACCGGCUCAAUUCGGUGCGUUUGUAUCUUGGCUGGUGAUCAACCGAGGACCUUUGAGUGCGCUUGUGCAUCCAAACACCGACGACGAUGAGAGAGAUCAUACCCAACGAGCGACGUGGUUGGGGGACAGAUUGCCAUUGGACUUGAGUCUGUUCAAGCAAAUGAGAGAGGCGAGUAUGAAGUCGGAGAAUGUGAAAGGGGGGCCAGAUUGA